GAUUCGCCAAGUGUUAUGAGAUGACGGAUUUAACAACAAAUAAAGUUUAUGCUGCAAAAAUCAUUCCUCACAGCAGAGUAGCAAAACCUCAUCAAAGGGAAAAGAUUGAUAAAGAGAUUGAGCUGCACAGAAUGCUUAAUCAUAGACAUGUUGUGCAGUUUUACCACUACUUCGAAGACAGAGAGAAUAUUUACAUUCUUCUGGAGUACUGCAGUAGAAGGUCAAUGGCUCACAUCUUAAAAGCGAGGAAGGUAUUGACGGAACCAGAAGUACGAUACUACCUCAGGCAAAUUGUGUCAGGGCUGAAGUAUCUUCAUGAACAGGAAAUCUUGCACAGGGAUCUUAAACUAGGUAACUUCUUCAUUAAUGAGAACAUGGAACUGAAACUGGGAGACUUUGGCUUGGCAGCUAGGCUGGAACCACUGGAGCACAGGAGGAGAACAAUAUGUGGCACACCAAAUUACCUUUCUCCAGAAGUCCUCAACAAACAAGGGCACGGCUGUGAAUCUGACAUCUGGGCCUUAGGCUGUGUAAUGUAUACAAUGCUGUUGGGAAGACCUCCAUUUGAGACCACAAAUCUUAAAGAAACAUACAGAUGUAUAAGGGAAGCAAGAUAUAGUCUGCCUUCAUCUCUCUUGGCACCUGCAAAACACCUAAUAGCCAGCAUGUUGUCAAAAAAUCCUGAGGAUCGGCCCACUUUAGAUGAAAUAAUUCGACAUGAAUUUUUCUUACAGGGCUUUACACCCGAUAGACUUUCUGCUAGCUGUUGUCACACUGUUCCUGACUUCCAUUUGUCAAGUCCUGCUAAAAAUUUCUUCAAAAAAGCAGCUGCUGCUCUCUUUGGUGGUAAAAAGGAUAAAGCCAGAUACUUCGACACACAUAACAGACUAGCUAAAGAAGAUGAAGAAAUCUACAAGCUCAGGCAUGAUUUGAAGAAGACAUCGAUAACCCAGCAGCCCCACAAACACAGAACAGAUGAGGAGAUCCAGCCUCUUGUCACAACAGCACCAAAGCCAGGAGCAAUCCCAGAAACUAAGCAGAUUGGGGACUCUAUUCGGAUGAUAGUGAGAGGAACUUUGGGAAGCUGCAGCAGUAGCAGUGAAUGCCUGGAAGACAGUACUAUGGGAAGCGUUGCUGAUACAGUUGCGAGGGUAUUGCGAGGAUGUCUGGAGAACAUGCCAGAAGCAGACAGCAUUCCUAAAGAACAGCUGACAGCAUCCUUCCAGUGGGUUACGAAAUGGGUGGACUAUUCUAACAAGUAUGGCUUUGGGUACCAGCUGUCAGAUCACACUGUUGGAGUCCUUUUCAACAAUGGGGCACAUAUGAGCCUUCUGCCAGACAAAAAGACAGUCCACUACUAUGCUGAGCUAGGCCAGUGCUCUGUCUUCUCAGCCACAGAGGCUCCUGAACAGUUCAUUAGCCAAGUAACUGUACUGAAGUAUUUCUCUCACUACAUGGAAGAGAACCUCAUGGAUGGAGGAGAUUUGCCCGGCGUAACAGAUAUACGCAGGCCCAGGCUUUACCUCUUGCAGUGGCUUAAAUCCGAUAAAGCAUUAAUGAUGCUCUUCAAUGAUGGCACGUUUCAAGUGAACUUCUAUCAUGAUCACACGAAAAUCAUCAUUUGCAAUCAGAGCGAAGAGUAUCUCCUUACCUACAUCAAUGAAGAGAGGAUAUCCACAACGUUUCGUCUGACAACUCUUCUGGUUUCUGGAUGCUCGUUGGAACUAAAACACAGAAUGGAAUAUGCUCUGAACAUGCUGCUGCAGCGAUGUAACUGAAAGGACUGACUCCGUUUAAACCAAACGGACUCUCUUGUUCACUGUGAAAUCUACAGUGGAGAUAGUGGGGAUACUAGUAUGUUGAUAAUGGAUGUGUGAUGGUACGAAAACUUGACUGUCCUGGUGUGCUGGGCACACAUCUAUUAGACAGAAGCCUAAACCUACUGUUGGACUAAAACAGUGUGAGAAGGAGUUCUUCGGACCAUAGUUUUUCUUGUUUCUUGUGUGUUAAGGUAUUUUUGACUU